UUCAGACCAAUGAACAGCCCUACCUAGGGGUGCAUUACUGUAGUUUUAUUUACAAAUCAGAAAAAGCCCUUUCUUCCAAUCAAUAUUUGCGGCUCUGCCAUAUACUUCAAUUAACCUGCCCUUCAACAGCCCUGGUGCUCACCUGAAGGCACUGGACCCCCUUUCUUUCUCACGCCUGUUAAUAGCUAUAUUUAAUGUGGGAUGGUGAAAAUUAGGGAUAGAACUGAGGAUUUCAAAGAUGCUGUCCAUCGAUCAGCUGUGUCUUUGGGGUAUGAUGAGACAAAAAUUGCAGCUAUAUUAGCAUCCUUUAUCUUGCACAAACCCCGAACAAGAUCUCCUUUCACCAUAGCUGCUCUCAAGACGCUAGAUAGCAUUAGAGUCCUGGAAGAAUUCUUGUUGAAACAUAAGAAGGAUUAUGUAGAUUUGUACCGCACGACUGAACAAGAGAGAGAUAACAUUGAGCAUGAAGUCACCAUUUUCAUAAAGUCGUGCAAAGAGCAAAUUGAUGUUCUCAAAAAUAGUAUUAAUGAUGAUGAAGAUGCAAAGUCAAAGGGUUGGAUUGGAUUCAAGGGUGGUUAUUCAAAUGCGGAUACAGUAGCACAUAAACAUGGAGUGGUUUUGAUUUUAAGUGAAAGGCUUCACUCUGUCUCGUCACAAUUUGACCAACUCCGAGCCACACGCUUCCAAGAAGCUAUCAACCGCGUGCCUCUACGAAGGAAACCAAGACAGGCUGGCAAAAUUAGUGCAACAGCGGCAUCUACAUCUACCAACUUAGACCACAUGAAGCAAAGUGAAGAAAGGGAGCCCAAUGAACUCCGAUCAGAGCCUGUUAGGGUUCAGGAACAAUUUUUGGAUGAUGAAACACGUGCCCUCCAGUUAGAGUUGAGCGGCCUCCUGGAUGUGGUUCAAGAAACUGAAACGAAGAUGGUGGAAAUGUCUGCUUUAAACCACCUAAUGUCCACACAUGUUCUGCAACAGGCUCAACAGAUAGAGUAUUUGUAUGACCAGGCAGUUGAAGCUACAAUGAAUGUAGAGCUUGGUAACAGAGAAUUAACGAAGGCCAUUCAACGCAACAGCAGUAGCAGAACUUUUCUUUUGCUCUUUCUAUUUGUUCUUACUUUUUCAAUUAUUUUUCUUGACUGGUAUAAUUAGAUGGAGUGCUCAUUAAAAGUAUAUAUCCAGUCCCACAAAGGGUUCUGUUCCCAUAUCUUAAAUUGUUUCUAGUAACUCUACUAUACAAGUUUACAUCAUAUUUCUGUGGCUUUUUUUAAAUACUUCAGAACCAGUGUGCAAUUAAUGUCACAAAGUCUGCUUCUUACUCUGGGAAGGUACUGGACAAGAAAAAUGCACAUUCGUCUCUAAUAUGGAGUAUGUACAACAAGAACAACAUUGUAUAAUCCCACUAAAGUAGGGUCUCGGGAGGGUGUGGUACGCAGACCUUACCCGUACUUGAAAGUAGAGAGGCUGUUUCCAAUAGACCCCCUAUUAUGGAGUAUGUUAUGUACUUUCCAAUAUUUUGAUUAUGCUUUUACUGGAUGGGAAAAGUGAGUUGCUGUAUUUCCAUGCAACUGAUAUACAUCAAUUGGGGAAGCGGUUUGGCUUCAUUAUGCAUGUGGUGCUUUUGCGGCGAUGGAGGUGAGUUUA